AUGUGGAGACGAUCGUUAAAUGGUGGCUUACCACCGCUCAUGGCUUUCGUUAAACGAUCCACAAUCAUCAGAUUCGCUUCUAAUCUCGGCGAUCGAUUGAAGACAUUGAACGAUGGCAAACAAUUCCAACAGGCACUUCAACUUUUUCAUCAACAUCAAAAAAACAACAACGAAACUCUGUCAAGUUCGGCGAUUGCGCAAGGUCUGAAAUCAUGUGCUCGUCUCAAAGAUAUUCGAAGUGGUAAAGCGAUUCAUGAUCUUGUUUCCUCACGCACGAAGGAAAAUGAAUACAUAGUGACAUCACUCAUCCAUAUGUACAUGCAAUGUGGUGAUAUUCGAAGCGCUGAAACACUGUUUCAUGGCACAGAGACAAAAGUUCCAUCUGUGUACGGUGCGAUGAUGAAGGGAUAUCUGACAAACAGUGAAGCACAGAAAGCAUUCGAAGUUUUUCAUGAAAUCCAAACACCGAGUGAGGUGAAUCUUAUUGUAUUCUUCCAAGUUUGUGCCGUUCUGAAGACGCAACCAGCAUUGGACGCCAUGAAAAAGAUGUUACAGCAAACGCCAACAAAUUUCCAUUCAAAUCAUCGCCUGGUUACAUCGUUGUUGAAUGCAUUGGUGGAAUGUGGAGAUGUAGAGCUCGCUGAGAAGAUAUUUGACUCCAUAAAGGCAAAGCAACUUCCUAUGUAUGGUUAUAUUGCGAGUAAUCAAGCACAAAAGGCCAUUGAUCUAUUCAAGAGGAUCGAUCGUCCUGAUGCGAUUAUUAUAAAUCUCCUCUUCAAUGCUUGUGCGCAGCUACGAACGCCAGAAGCUUUAAGUUUAGUUAAACAGACUUACAAGAACAUGUCGUCGUCAUUUUAUUCAAAUGACUAUGUAACCACUUCCUUGCUAGAUGCACUGGUCAAAUGUGGAGAUACGUCCACUGCGAAGGUCGUUUUCUCCAAAAUGAGAAGACCGGUGAUCGCCUACGCAAAUCUGAUGACCGGAUUCAACGACCAAAGAGAAGGAAAACAAACGAUGCAAUUGUUUUACCAAAUGAAACGUGAAGGGUUAGAGCCAGAUAUCAUCACUUCCUUGUGUGUUAUCAAAGCAUUAGCACUCACCGGCGAUCUUUCACUUAUCGAAGAAACAAUCAACCAACUACCUCAAUCGAUUCUUCUUGAUACUCAGAUUCGCAAUGCUUUGAUCGAUAUGUGGGGUAAAACUGGAUGUGUAGACAAAGCACAAGAGAUUUACGCGAACAUUUCUGAGCCAGACGCAUUUACAUACACAACGAUGAUUAACUCAUAUGGGCUCAAUGGAAUGGGCAUGCAAGCUCUUGAACUGUUCUCUCAAAUGCCCAAAGAGUUCAUUCGUGAAGUCACUUAUAUUUGCAUAUUGAAUGCAUGUUCACACUCUGGUCUUGUUGACGAAGCUCGCUCAAUCUUUCAAACGAUUGAAUCGAAAACACCGACAGUGUGGACAACCAUGGUUGAUUGCCUUGCUCGUGCAUCUUUGUUCGAUGAAGCACAGACGUUGAUCGAGGAAUUCGAACGUUCGCAUCCAGCCGCAAUGACUAUGCACAUGGCGUUGUUGUCGGGUGCAAGAAAUGAUAAGAAUGCUCAGCUAGCACAGACUAUCUGUGAUCGACUGAAGAGAUUGUUCCCAUCCACGAAAGAUUCCUUGACAGCAGCUAAAGUUCUUCUUGCGAACACUUACGCAUCGUGUGGUGACAUCGGGAAAGCAUCAGAUAUUCGAAUUCAACUCACCAAAUCCGGUGCAAAGAAGAAGAUCGGUACAUCAACGACUGUAGUUGAUGGAGAAAUUUAUGAAUUUCGCGCUCAUGACACAUCUCAUCCUCGAUCAGACGAAAUCUAUCGCGAAGUGCAGAAAAUCUCAGAAGAAUUAGUCGCACAUGGCCAUGAGUACGAUUCUAGUUGGAUAACUCGAACGAUGGGUAAAGACGAAAGUGUCGAAUCGGUUCUCUGUGGUCAUAGUGAGCGACUUGCGAUGGCAUGGAAUUUCGUGGCUAAUCCUCACGCGAAAAGAAUUCAAAUCACGAAGAACUUGAGAGUGUGUGGCGAUUGUCAUCGAGCAACAAAGUUGAUCGCAGCGAUUCGUCAAUGUGAAAUAAUACAGCAAGAACAGAAAAGAGACUUAAUUGAAGUUAUUGUCUUCUUUAUCCGAGAGAUGCCUUCCCUAACGUCUCUUGUUCCAUUUGACUGGUUCGAAAUUCACAGUAAAUCUCGCUCACCUCCGCUACGUGUCAGCCAUUCGACCACAGUUGUCGCUUUUUCUUCAAUCGUCUAUGUUCUUGAUGAAGUGAAUCGCGUGGCGUUUCUAGUUUUCAAAACAUGGUCGUGUGUUCCAGCAUAUGGAUCACUAACUGAGCAGCGCCAUGGUCAUUGUUUGUUAUCACUUGACAAAGAACGUCUCUACCUUCAAGCCCGUGCAGCACAUGGCGGUGAUUCGAUCGAAACGACAUCAGCGUUUUUCAUCUUUGGUGGAUUAGCAGCAAGUGGUCAAGCACUCAACGACACAUAG